UUCAGUUAGUGAUUCAGUCUAUUCACUUCGAUAUCUGCAAAUGUGCCUUUACAAUUGACUAUAAUGCAUAUAAAGAGGACAAGGCUGAGAAACUUUUAAAAAAAAUAUACGAGGGAAAGUUUGUUUCGUUAUUUUGAAGUCAGACUGAUUUCAACGGCCAGUUUGAAUUAGUAGUCGACUAUUUUCGCCUGCCGACUUAGCAGGAAAAAUAAAGAUGGCGAACAUGGACGCGUUUGCCAAAACAUUAGCAAAGGAUUAUGCGCAUGAUGAGGUGAGCUCUGACAGUGUGGAUGAGAAUGAAGUUGUACCUGGUGAAGAAAGAGCUGUUAAAGUGGAAUACAUAGAUAUUGCCAGUGAAGAAAGACACAAGAGAAGAAAACACCAACAUCGAAGCAAACACAGAAAAUAUAAAUAUCCAUCAUCUGAUGAGAGGGAUCACAAACACAAGCACAAACACAAACAUAAGCGCAAACGCAGAGACUUAUCCAAGGAUGAUGGAGACUAUUCGACAAGCUAUGAUGGUAAAGUCAUCUCUCCAAAGAGAUCCAGGCUUGAUGACCUUGCUGCUUUAGAGGAUCUAGAGAAACAGAGGGCCAUGAUUCAAGCAGAGCUUGAUAAUGAGCUAAUGGAAGGAGCUGUGCAAUCAGGUAUGGGACUGAUAUUACAGGGUUAUAACACAGACUCAGAGGAGGAUGGUGUGAUCAAGGAGGAUGUAUUUUCUAAGGACCAUGGGGACCAUCAGCCAACAAGGGACAUUGGAAGAUCUCGACAGGAUCAGAAAGAUGAGGAAAAGAUUGUUUCUUGGCAGGAAGGCAGAAGCACAUCUGAUGACAUGCCAGUCCAGCAGCAUAAGUCAGAAAAAAGAAGUAAUACUAUGCUAGAUAUUAGCGGUCCCGGCCAGGCAAGGGAAAGGAGACGAUCCUGGAGCAUAGAGAGAUCCAAAGAUGUGAGGUCCAGAUCUCCUGUGAUAUCCAAAGGACCGUUAUCAGGUGAAGCAAAGAUUGAGCGAAAAACGACCAAUGCUGAAAGACCCACACAGUCUGAUCAGCAAAGUGUUAAACACAGAAAUGCCAGAUCUUCAGAGAGAAGGAGCAAGUCUAGAUCUAAAGAAAGAAAUGUCAACUUGCCAGAAGUUGAAAGAGACUGUGAGAGAGAGACAAAAUCAAUCAAGACACCAUCAAAAGAAGCCUGGUCUGGAAAAGAGAACAGAUCUCCUAGCAGAAAACAAGGUUCAGAUCCAGAACAACAGACCUCCACUGUACGGGCAAGGGCCCACUGCUCCCCUGAACAAUUCCCAGUUAACCAGAGCACAGACAGGGGAUCCAGACAGGACAGAUCUUCAUGCCACAACAGAUCCCCUCCCAGGAGAGGCAGAUCUCGAUCUGCUGAAAGGAGAUGGAGAGAAGAAGACCAUCAGAGGCUUUCUAAUGACAGGAUGCGAUCUCGUGAUGUGGCAGGGGGCCGUAGAGAGUUGAGCCCAUCUCUGAGGUUCAGACAGAGGUUAAACCGCUCCCCUCCCAGACGGACCUCCCGUUCUCCUUGGAGACGCAGUAGCCGGUCUCCUUUUAGAAACAGAGAGCGGGACAGGACGGAUCGCAGACAGCAGUUGCAUUCUGAAUCACAGAAGAGGUGGAAGAGAAGAAGCAGGGAAAGAGAGGACUUGUUUAAGGGCAGUCUGUCUGAAGGCAUGAAGGCUGAUCAAGACGACACAGAUGAUGAAGUGCUUGAGGACUUUGACAUUGAUGAAGAGGAUGAGGAAGCUUUGAUAGAGCAGAGGAGACUUCACCGCUUGGCCAUAAUGCAGAAAUAUAAGUCGGGGACAGAGGACAGUAACAUGUCAGGACUCUCAGAGCAUGGUAGUCCUCAAAGCAGCAGUCACAGCCGAUCGCCGUCCCCUGAUGAUAUCCUUGAGCGCGUGGCCGCUGAUGUCAAAGCCUACGAACAAGAGAACCUGGACACGUUUGAGGACAGUGUGAAGGCGAAGCAUAAUCUUGUCUCUCAAGAAAAAGAUGGUGCUAAUCUGAAAAAGCCACCAGCCCCAGAUAUGUUCACAGAGUCGGAUGACAUGUUUGCUGCUUACUUUGACAGUGCCAGGUUACGGGCAGCUGGUAUUGGGAAGGACUUCAAGGAGAACCCAAGUCUUCGAGAUAACUGGACAGAUGCACAGGGCUAUUACCGUGUUAACAUUGGCGAGGUGUUGGACAAACGGUAUGGAGUGUAUGGCUACACAGGUCAGGGGGUCUUCAGUAACGUGAUCCGAGCCAGAGACUUGGCCCGAGCCAAUCAGGAGGUGGCAGUGAAAAUAAUACGCAACAAUGAGAUGAUGCAGAAGACAGGCCUCAAAGAGCUGGAGUUUCUUAAGAAACUAAAUGAUGCUGAUGCAGAUGAUAAGUUCCAUUGUUUGCGGCUCUUUAGACACUUUUACCACAAGCAGCAUCUGUGUCUGGUAUUUGAACCACUCAGCAUGAACCUACGAGAGGUGUUGAGAAAGUAUGGCAAGGAUGUUGGGCUACACAUCAAGGCUGUGCGAUCAUAUAGCCAGCAGCUUUUCUUGGCCCUCAAACUCCUCAGGCGGUGCAAUAUCCUGCAUGCUGAUAUCAAACCUGACAACAUCCUGGUGAAUGAAUCUAAGACCAUUCUGAAAUUGUGCGACUUUGGAUCAGCGUCACAUGUGACUGAAAAUGAAAUAACACCAUAUCUGGCCAGCCGCUUCUACAGAGCACCUGAGAUCAUCAUUGGAAAUUCAUAUGAUUACGGAAUCGAUAUGUGGUCUGUAGGCUGCACUCUCUAUGAGCUGUACACAGGAAAAAUCCUUUUCCCUGGAAAGACCAAUAACCACAUGCUAAAACUUGCCAUGGACCUAAAAGGAAAACUGCCUAAUAAAAUGAUCAGGAAAGGUCUGUUCAAGGACCAGCACUUUGACCAAAACUUAAACUUUUUGUACACCGAGGUUGAUAAGGUCACCGAGAGGGAAAAGGUCACAGUUAUGAGCACUAUUAACCCAACUAAGGACCUGCUGAUGGACAUGGUAGGUCGCCAGGCACUACCAGAGGACCAGCGAAAGAAGGUGGUUCAGAUCAAAGACCUGUUGGACCAGAUCCUGAUGCUGGACCCCACCAAACGGAUCAGUAUCAACCAGGCAUUACAGCAUCCUUUCAUCCAAGAUAGAAUAUGACCAUAUCAGCAUACCUCAGAGACUCUGCCAGCUAAAGAUGGUUUUGUAUCUGCAGAAAUGACUCAGAUGGCAAAAGACGCUUUAAAUAUUACAUUGGCAUUUUGGAAAAUGAUGCUAUUUGUUCAGAUUUGUAGUACUUUUCAAAGUAGGGGACAGUCAAUUUUACACUGUAAAAUUUUAAGCUGUAAAGAGAAAAUUCUAUCAAGAUAUUCUAUAUUGUUCAGAUUGCAUGUUUUAUCUACCCAGCUACUUGUUGGUCAAUAGCAGCUAAAAUUAUAUUGAUAUCAAAUAUAUUUCACAUUAUGCUCAAGGUUCAGAAUGUAAGGAUGUCUGUCUGUGUGCUAAGAUUGCACACAUUUGUUAUAUUUUACUUAUUGUUAACCAAAUAUUACUCGACCACUCAAGGACUAUUUAGAGUGGCAUCAAUCAGGUCAGCAUAAAUGCUGUCUAUAUCCACCCUCCCUUAGGUGUGAGAGUGAGAACGCAACCUGGUGUUCAGGCCCUCGGCAUGCCCUUGUCCUAGGUGUGUUUCUGCUGAAUCUGAGGUCUUGGGUCCUGCUUGACCUCAUCUGCAGGGAAAGCCUCCUCUGUAAAGGCAGGUUGUGCAUCUCUAUCAGUACACUGAAGGUAAGCUUACCCAUCCAAAAGAAAUGGGGUUGUCCUUAUGCAUCCUUGUACAUAUGUCCUAUUGGCUUCUGCAUGUUUACAAAGUGCAAAUUAGAGAAAUGGCUAUUCAUUGAGACCCUUUGUCACUAUGUGCUGGUGUUUCUCACAGAGCCAUAUCUGUCCAUCUGAUUUAAAUGGACUGGAUGAUAGUUUCUCAAAAAUGGAUGGAAUCUCUUGAGCAAAACGGUUGCAUUAAAAAUUAAGGGUAAGAGUGAAGGGGAACCCAAAUAUUUGUAAUGAACCAAGCACCUUCAGUGUACUGUCUCUGAUAGACAUAAUAUACCUUUUUUCAGAGUUGUGUUUCCACUCAGUUUCUUUGUAGAAAACUAGAAGUGUGUGCUCUUUGAAACUGCAUGUGAAUAUGUCAAAUGUAUUGCUUUAAAUGCACUACUGUAUAGUGUGUUUCGCUAUGAAUAGGCAAUUUUGAUAUCCGUGACUUUUCGUGUUUGUGAUCAUGUUGUCUUUUGAUACAGGGGUAUUCCUGCUCUGAUCUAUGAAUCUGCUUGUUACAAGCGGUAAUUGCUUCUUUACUUCAUAUCUCAAUUCUUUUAUGUUCCAAGAAGUUAAACGAGUCGCACAAAACAUAGCUCAUGUGUGAAGAUUUCUCUCUGUUAUCGUUUACAAAGAAGUCCGUCCUGCAUGGUAAUGGAAUAAUUUGAAUUUACUGUAAGUUCACAUUAUUUGUUAUCAUAAAGUAAUAUACAAUAAAGAUGUUUUGUGGUUGAAAAAUCCAGAAAACAUGAUUUUAGACCUCCUAUGGCUCCUACAACUUACCUGUCUUUCAGAAAUUCCAUGUCAGUUAAUCAUUGCUUUAACCAUGUAAGAACAUAAUUCAGUUCUUAUGACAGGAAAAGUAUGGCCUGUUUUGUUUCACCAACACUAACUGCUGUUUGUGCUGUUUCUCCCACUGUUCUUUGUGUUCGAGUAUAUUCUCUGGCCAAUGGAGACUCUUGGCUGCCUGCCUCUGCUUUCAAAGGGACAAGACCUCUUCAAGGCCCUUUACCCAGGUCACUCCUUAAGGCAUGUUUAGAUCCAACACAAAGCAAUGCUCUGAAUAAGACAUUAACAGCCAUUUGAGGGUACUGAUGCUUAAGAGCGUUGUCCUGUGUGAACGGCCCCUUAUAUUUGUACAUUACAUUAACUUAGAUGGAACUUGUACAUUAUAUCUAAAUUUAGAUGGAAGAUAUGGUCUUUUAAUUUUCUAAGGUUAUGAUUAAAAAAAUUCUGUAGUUUUUUUAUUUUAGUUUUAAUAGUUCUACCCGCUAGGGUCAACCCAAGUUGUCUUCAAUAUGGUGACAGAAUAACUUGCCAACAUGCACCUUCACGUGGACUCAGCGUUUGCUUUAACUAUCGGGAUUAACCAUAGAGGUUUAUUAUUAGACAGCUGUCACACAUUAAAUAAUCACCAUGUACAUUAGCUGAUCAUUGUGCAUUUCCACAGGAUGUUUCAAGAACGUGUGCUUUCUAUAAUUUACCAAGAUACUGGUAUAUUUAUUCUUUGUAUUUUAGGUGCUGUCGAUUUAGAGAAGACUCUUAAAGGGAAUCGCAUCUGGAAAAAGGUUUCUGUUUUAGAGAGUGCUCUUAAAGAUAAUUACGCUUUUGAUUUUAAGAUGACAGCAAGUAGUUUUUAAAGUAGUUUCUCCUUUUAGCCUAUUUACAGUCUGACAAAGUUAGAGACUCUGCUAUUAUUUUUGUCCACAUAAAUGUUUUCUAAAAUAUGACUGACUUUUGAGCAAAUAAUUCAAGCUAUUUAUGCAGUAUAACCCUAUACCUACACCUAAAUUUACCUAAAUUUGCUAUUACAAGCAAUGAAUGUUUAGAAUUAAAAUUACUCUUAAUAAUGGUGCAACAGUCAUACAAACUUUAGCAACCAAAAGGUAAUAAUUUUACUUUUGUUUUUGAGAAAUAUGUUUGCAUGUCAUCCUCAAAAGUUUGUAUCCCAAACUAACCAUUUCAAUUCUAUUUCAGGGUAAGUCUAAAAAUUCUUCCCUACUCUCAUGACCACAUAUGACACCAAGUAUGAGAGAUAUCUUGACUGCCAGCUGCUGUCCUACUCUAUUAUUGAAGUGCCUUUCAAGAGCUCAUCUACUCAUCCACUCAUGGGAGAAAUUGCCUACAACAACUGCACGGCAUAACAAUGUGUUUAUUUUGUGUGAAAUUUAAAUUCCAAUAAUGUUCAUUUUGCAGAAUUAAACCAGACUAUUAAUAAAUGGUGAAUUUUAA